UUACAACACGAAGCGCAGCAUAUAUGUAGACACCCUUGGCUCAUGCUUUCGAAUAUUUCGAUUUGAUGACCGUAAGACUGCUUUCCCGUUUUGUACCCCGAUCAGUCUCCCUCAGCACUGCACCAAGGUCGUCGUUUUCACGAGUGCAUCCAAGAUACUACGCGUCCGCAAUGUCGCCUAUUCCCAUCGUCGUCUGUGGCAGAAACCCAAAUAUCGCAAAGGCCGUAGCUGAGGGCGUCAAACCAGAAUACGAUGUAAUCCACAUCAACCUCUCUGUCGAAGAAGCAACAUCUUCGAUACCUCUAAUCAUUUCGUCCAAGACCCCACCCAAUAGCUCCUCCAACAUUGGCUCCCAGAAUUACGGCACCAGGCCUGCUGUCGUAGCUCUUGGGGGUGGUUUCAACGAUGAAAUGUUCGAGGAGAUCAAAGGUUCUUGUGGAGAUGAGAAGAUGGUAUGGGUGCGCACAGAUAAAACCAGAACCGGCGAGAUGCCGGAUUUCAAUGAUUACGAGGCGUAUGGAAAGGCGACCGGAGCGCGGCUGAAGAAGUGCUUGGAUGAGUUGAAAGUUGGGAGGGACGGCGGUCAAACAGAAGGGGUGUGGUUCUUCUAAGUAAGAUUCGAGUAUAUCGACACGAGCAAGUGCAUGGCGUUCCUACAGUCAUUUUUGUUGUGGGCACUAUUUCAAGGGGCAUGCGCUAAAGUCUCUUCCGCAUCAGCCAGUACGUGUCAUUUUUUGGUUCCGUUGAAGAGAAAGAAUGUGGGAUACUAAGGUCAAAAGAGAAGACUUUGCGUACUUCUACAAGUACUUCAGUACCGCUGACAUGUGAUGAUUUUGGCUAUUUUUCAGCAUGAUCCUUCUACUCGUAUGUUGCUCGGUCUGCGCUGUGUUUGUAUCGCCACAUGCCUCUGGAUGAACAAAAUCGGCCAUGACAUGUACUCAUGAAAUUGAUGUUUCAGGGAAGCGCUGGGACUAGUUCGAAACCAUAUGAUACUUGUAUCUAGACUUUGGAGUACCAAUUCCAAUGGGCCUUCUUCAUUAUAUGUCUCGCAAGGGCAAGAAGUCGUCUCAUACGGCGUUGUGGGCGUAAUUUCGAAG